AUGGCCACAACAGUUCUUACAGAGACCCAGGGAAUCAAUGGGUCCGUCACCGAGAAAGACCCUCGGAUGACAGAUGAGUUCCAGACAUACCGCGUGGGCUCCGGGCCGCAACAAGACGUCUCGGCAUACAUCUUCUACUCAAAGGUCUCUGCAGACGGCACCAAGCCGACAGAGAGGGAUCUGCCAUUCCUGAAGGGCGAGUUUACGGAUGCGAGGAGAGUCGUCAUCCACGAUGCCCGCGGUCAGGGCAAGAAUCUCGACGAGAACGGCUUCGAGUACAUCACGCAUCCGAAGCCGGAGGCCGACUACUCGGACCCCAACAGCGUCAGACAGGUGUACUACCCGGCCAUGAUGAUGCAGUUGAUCAAGCAGAAGCUGGGCGCUUCCGAGGUGCUAAUCUUCGACCACCGCGUGCGGCAGUCGUCGUUCAGCACCAAGUACGGCACCGAGUACCAGUCGUACACGGGCCCCGUGAUCCGGCCGCACGUCGACUUCGCGCCGGUGCAUGCGCCGGCCUUCCUGCAGCGCAUCCGCCCGACGAACCAUGCGCAGUACGCGGGGCGGCGCUGGCAGGUCAUCAACUUCUGGCGCCCGCUGCGGCGCAUCGAGCGCGACCCGCUGGCCGUGGCCGACGCGCCCACCGUGCCCGAGGCCACCGACGAGCUGGUGCAUCUCGCCUACGCCGGCACGCCGCGCCAGACCGAGACCUUCCUGACGCUGGCCGGCGGCAGCGAGGGCGCCCACCAAUGGUACUACUACCCGCACCAGGAGCCCGACGAGGUGCUCGCCUUCAAGAUCUACGACAGCCAUCCGCCGAGGGAGAAUGCGCGCUGUGUGCCGCACACCAGCUUUCGCUGGCUGGACGUGCCCGAGGAUACGCCGCCGAGGCACAGCAUUGAGAUCCGCUGCUUUAUCGCGUAUGAUUAG